GCCUUCUCGUCCCUCGUCAAACGGCGGCGGCCCGGUCCGUGUAAGCUGCGUCAGCGGCAGCGCGAGCCAGACAGAGGGGAAGGGAUGGGCAGCCCCGAGCUGCCUGCCGAGUCUUGGGGGACCCCGGAAGGGAUUUGGGGAGCGGUUGAAUUUGGGGAUUCCCAUUUGCAGCAAUUAGUCCACAAUAGCAAUUAGUUUGUUCUUUAUUUAGUUAGGAAACCUUGCUUUAUUGGGUGGAAUUUCCGAAGAGUCUGUUCUGUUUUGGGGGAUUCUUUCUUUGCUAUCCUGGUUCUUCUUCAGCACACAAGGUUGAUCUAGUCCUCCUCCUCUGGUAUGGAGGAUGAGAGGGCCAUGGAGAUCGAUGGGCAGCAGCAGCAAGAAGACACCGCUGCUGUGCCCAAAGGCUUCAACGCCGAUUACCUCCGAAUAUACUAUGGAAAGUUAUUCCCAUAUGGUGAUUUCUUCAAGUGGCUUUGCUAUGGAAAUGAUGGAAAACAUCCAGGAUGUGAUCAGUCAUACAUUGGGCGUCGGGAGCUUUCGUUUACACUGGAGAAUGACAUCUAUCUCCGGUUCCAGUCCUUUGACAGUGCAGCUGAACUGGAGAGCUCUAUCAAAGAGAAGUGCCCUUUCAAGAUUGACAUUGGACCUGUUUACAGCGUAGAUCCUGCAAAGCGACAUGCCUAUGCCCAGUCUGGCAAUAAUGUCUUUGCACCAGUUGAGAGAGAACUUAUUUUUGAUAUUGAUAUAUCUGAUUAUGAUGACGUUCGGUACUGCUGCUCUGGAGCCGACACAUGUCUGGACUGCUGGCCGUUAAUGACCAUUGUUAUCAAAAUCCUGGAUACUUCACUUAGAGGUGAUUUUGGUUUCAAUCACAUACUGUGGGUAUAUAGUGGUCGCCGUGGUGUCCAUUGCUGGGUUUGUGAUAGUAGAGCAAGAAAGCUCAGCAAUGAACAAAGGUCUGCAAUUGCUGACUACUUCCGCGUCUAUAAGGGUGGUGAGAAUACAUCGAAAAAGGUGUCGUUGACUGGGCCUGUUCUCCACCCUUUCCUUGCACGGUCAUACACUGAUGUUCUGAAAUGCUUCUUUGAAGACAAGCUAUUACAUAGCCAACAACUAUUUUCAUCAGAGGAGAGAUGCAACAAGAUACUUGAACUUAUUCCUGAUGAAAAUGUUGCUAGUGAGCUCCAUGACAAAUGGCAAGGAAAUAGACGCUCCUCUAUUUCAAAGGAAGAUGUAAAUGCAGCAAGAUGGGAGCAGUUAAAGAUGACUUUGCAGUCAGGAAAACACAAGGCGCAGGGGCUUCGCAGAUGUGUAGAAGAGAUUGUCUUCUCAUACACGUAUCCUAGACUUGACAUGGAGGUGUCAAAACACAUGAAUCAUUUACUGAAAGCUCCGUUCUGCAUACACCCAAAGACAGGACGUGUUUCGUUCCAAUUGAUCCCAAUAAUUGUGAUGAUUUUGAUCCUGCGGCUGUUCCAACUCUAUCACAGCUAUUAGGAGAGCUCAAUGCUGCUGGUAUGCAGAUUGAUUCUGAGAGUGAUUGGGAAAGAACAUCCCUCGAGAAAUCCAUCAGAUUUUUCAGAACAUCCUUUCUGCAGCCAAUGCUGAAAGCUUGCAAGGAGGAACUGGAAAGUGCUUAUAACGCCAAGCUCCAGCAGUCCAAGAAUGCCUUGAAUUGGUAAAACUUACAGACACACACAAAGGCGGCAUGCCAUACAGUUAUCCUAGUAUCGCCCCCAUGGAUGACCAUGAAAUUGUUCGAGCUUGCUCACAAUCUUCUUUUGUGGGCAUACUCGGCACAGCCAAAUGUUAAUGUAUUGCAAGUUGUAACUAUGAUGUUAAAGAUGAAUUGCUCUGAGACUUCAUGCUUGGUGGUUUGAGCGACGCCGGAUACGUUUCGCUGUGCAUAUAGAAUAUGUUUGGUCCUUGAAUUUCUAUAUGCAUAGCGAGACUUGUUUAGAGUCGCUGAAACUACCAAGCAAAAAGCCUUGGAGCACCAAGAGUAUACUACUCGGGAAAAGAGAUGUUAGUUUGACGCAUGUGAUGUGAGUCAUGGACCAAAAUAGUGCUAGCCAUGGGCUUGCUUUUAUUUGACACUCCCAAGGUCCAACUGCGUAUUGGUUGCGGAGUUACCCUGGUGGGAUCGCAGAGGCAAUAAAUGUUAAAUUUUAUGAGUGUUUAAUGAAAGGGCAAUCUCUUUUUUUUCA